AUGGAUCAGAACUAUAUUCAACUUCUGGCUGCGGCUGCUGCUAUGCCGGCAUCGCCGAACCUCACAAGUGCGACCGCCUCUGUCGGACAGCAGGCAUUUUCCAUCAACCCAACGGCUUUGCUACAAAAUCAGUGGCUACAGCAACAGUACAUUCAGCGUCUAGCAGUGCAACAGUACCUCGAAAAUUUACGAGCUACUACAGCUACUUCCACUUCGAUAUCUCCUUUGAGUAUCAUCGCACCUGUUACUCUUCCCAUAACAACAGAGGUCUCGAAGACGGAUGAAAACGUCAUCAGCUCAUCAUUAGGAAUUCUGCCAACCAGCACAAUCUCAUCGUAUAUUCCUUCGAUGGAGCUGAGUGGACUUGUUGCUCCAGUGCCUAAACGACCUCGCCUAGUUCUUCCAGUCAUCAACGAAGAAGAGCGUAAACGUCUCCUUGAGCAACAACCGCAUAUCGCCUCCGAACCGACUCAUCCAACUAUAAAGGCAGAUCCUCCAUGUGUUUCUGCUUGCGUGCCACCAACUACAUUCACUCCUACUACGUCAUGUGCUGCGUCACCAAUCACAGAAGCUCCGGCAGAAGUGAGAUGCUCACCAAGCACAUCAGUGGACACAUCAUCGAAUUCGAAAGAAGAUGAAGAGCCUGAAUUAUUCGUCGACAUAGAAUCGAUCGACAAUCGUCCUGAAGGUCGAGACCGACGUCGAGCGUACAUUGAAUUCUACCGCAAAGUUAAAACAGCACGGCAAAGAGAACCUGGUCCUAUAUUGAAAUGUGCACUGUGCGAUAGUGAAGUGAUGAGCAACGACAACUCUAUCCAUACGCACGUUAACCAGCAUGCCGAUGCCGGCGGCUUUUGGUGCAAGUUGUGCGGAGCAAGCGAAACAGACAAGUAUCGAAUCUAUGAACAUAUGCGAGUCAAACACCCUAAUAAUCUGGAAUUAUUCGAAGACCGGCGAGAUAUUGUCAAGCUAUGUGCCGUAAUCCAGGAGUGCUUUCCUAGGGUGUGUCCGCGCUCGAAAAAAGAUAUUUCUCGAGACUUUGAGAACUUAUUGAAAUACAUCGAUGAGAAAAACAUAAGACAAGUGAAGUGCGAACAGUGUGAAGCAAGCGUAAAGGCCACCAAAUCUGCGUUAAUGAAGCAUGCUCACUCUCAUCCCGUGUACAGAUGUAAAGCAUGCAAGUAUACAUCAGAAAGCAUAAAAUCACAAGAGGAACACCAGGUGGGCCUUCACACUGUCCUGGAUCCAAAAAACAUGGUCGACUACAAUGUGUGCGGAGCUGCAGAUGUUCUCGCGCGGACCGUCCAGCGAUGUUUUGCAUAUAUUCUCAAAUCAGCAGAUGUGCAAGCACAGCCUAAAGCAACUGAAGAGAAAUCUUGA